GGCCCUAGGUUUCGGUGGUGCUCGCAGCUCGAAGCAGCAGCAGCAGCGUUUUGUGUGCAUUUCGCAUUCGCAUAUUCGCCUCGUCUCUCGUGCAGCAGAAAUUACAGCCCCAGGAAACUACAAACUAAAACCUUUAAUUUCGAAAUUGAAAUCCGAAAAAUCGAACGAGACCGCUUAAAAAAACAUUAAUUCUCAUAUAUUUUCUCACUCGGAAAACUGCAGCGGUUAAAGUGCAAAAAAAAGCAGGAAAGUGCGAAAAAGUUUGCGGCAUUGAACACUUUUUAAUUAUUAUUUACGUUUUGUUUGUGUUUCAUCGAGCAAAUGCAUCAAAUAACUGUCCAGUGUUAAUGUUAAGUGUAUGUGCGUCGUGAGUGUUGCAAAAUCAUUUUUCGACCAGUGAUUGGAAGGCAAAUGUCACUGUGAAAAUGCCUCAACGAGCCAAUCACAACUCCAAUUUUAGCAACGCCAAGAAAAACAUUCAACGACAACAAGACCGUCAAAUGCAACAAAAUGCAACACAUUUUGAACAUUUAACUCUCUAAUUAAUUCAAAAUCAAUCAAAUUGAAAAUAAUUUGAGAAAUUAUAAUAAUUCAAUUUCAAAAAUGAACUGAACAAAAACAUUUUCGAAAAACAACGCAAAAUUUUAAAAUUGGCAACAUAACUUUUGGUCUAUAAUCAAAUUCAACAAAAAUAAAUCAACAAAAACGAUUUUUGGCAAAGCUGCGUGCAACAUAAAACAUAAAAUAACAUAACAAAUUUAAAUUAUCUCAAACGUCCACACGUGAAAAUGUUUUGCAAUUAAGAUGCAAAUUUAAAUAAAAUCAAUGUAAAUUUUUUAAUCAACAAAAGUAUAAACCAAAACCGUCAGCAAAAAACCAGCCCAAAAUCAGUUUAAAAAGCAAAGGGAAAUCUUUUUAGAACAAACGCAAAAAACCGCAAAAAUUUAAGCCACCAAAUUGGUAAACUCUUCAAAAUUAUUGGUUCGGACAUACGCAAUACUAAACACAGCAACACAACAACAACAGCAGCAGCCAUAGCAACUGAGCAACAACAACAACAGCAGAUACUACAGUGAUCACUACAGUAAAAGCAACCUACAGUAAAAGCAGCAAAGAAAACGUGUGUGUUAGUUUGCAUAAAAAUUUCGUUUCGAUAAAAAUCAAAGCAAAAAUAUUAAACAAAAAAAUUACCAAUCGUAAUACAUGUAUUUAUAAAAUAUAUAUAUACCUAUACAUAUAUCUAUGCUUACAAAUUAUAUCGAAGAAUAUUUGGUAAACAAUUUUUGAUAAACAAAUCGAGUAUAUAUACUUAAAUAAUUAGAAACAAAACUGAAAAAUAAAAAGAACAAAAACGUUUGGCCCACGAAGUGCAAGAAGUGCAGUUAGAUAAACUAAAAAAAACUUAUAAAUUCAAAAUUAACAUUUGUGAAAAGUUUUACAAUUGAGGAUUCUGGAUUUGGAUUAAUACGAAAAUUUGCAAUUGGAUAUUAAGCAUUUGUCGUGUUCGGAUUCGGAUAUUCAGAUUUUGAGAUUCGGUGCUCUCUACCCAGUUCGUUGAAUUUUCUAUGCCAACGCCAAAAAACUUAUCAGCAACGAUAGCGGCAGCGGCGGAAGUGAUUAGGAAACCGGAACAAUUCGCAGCAAGAGCGAACGUGGCGAGAACGACACACAAGAAAUUAACUAAACAAUUGCAAAAUUCCCUUUGGCUAAGGAUUUGCAGCGGCCGAAUUGCUUUUAUGCUCUGCUGGCAGCUACAAAAUUCCACGAAAUUCCAUUUUGGCAACACGAAAACAAACAAAUCAAUACGCGGCAUCACUGAGAACCUACAGGAGCAGCGGCAAUACCCUAAAAAUAUUGGCAGAAAUCGUAAACAACGUUGUUGUUGUCCCCGUCGUCAUCAUCAUCAUUGCCAUCGGGAUCAUCGCCGUUCUGGCGCCGUUCAAACAACUUGGAUCCUGAGAGUUAGAAACACCGAUACGGAAACGGAUACGGAUACGGCUACGGAUCGGGAUAACGGUAUAGAUAUAGGCGCAGCCACGGAGGACGCACAACUGCCUGCAAAAUGGAUCCGCAGCAGCAGUUCUGCCUCAAGUGGAACAGUUAUUCGUCGAACCUGGCAAUAACAUUCUCCAAUCUGUUCAAAUCGGAUCUGCUGGCCGAUGUCACAUUAUCCUGCGAUGGCGUAGUAUUCAAAGCACACAAACUUAUAUUGGCGGCCUGCUCGAAGAAGUUCGCCGAUCUGUUCGAGAACACGCCCACAAAUGGCCAGUGCGUCAUCAUCCUGGAGGCGACCACGCCGGACAACAUGGCCGCUCUUCUGGAGUUCAUGUACAAGGGCGAGGUCCACGUCUCCCAGGAGGCACUCAACAGUUUCCUCAAGUCCGCCGAGAGUUUGCAGGUCAAAGGUCUGUCCACGGAGACGGGUCGCCUGGCGGCGCAGCAGGCACAGCAGCACAUGGGCGACUCCUCGCCGCUGGACUCGCCGACCGGUCGAAGGAGCAUACGGAACAGCCUGACCGGCGGGAGCAGUAUCGUGCCCGGAGGAGCCGGAAUCGGACUGGGAGGAGGCGUGUCGGGGGCGAACGCGAUGCCGGGAGGCAUGGGCAUCGGCAACGGACUGAGUCUGGCCGGGAUGGCCGCAGCCGGAGGAAUGGCGGCGGCUGCCAGUGUGGCGGCCAGUGGCCUGAGUGCCCUGGCGGCCAGUGCGAAUGCCCUAGACAGAUGCGGCAGUGCCGGUGGCAACAUCAUCGGCGGAACGGCGGCAGGGAUCGGGGGACAGCAUGGCGGCGGUGGAGCGGGAACCGUCGGCGGAGGAGUGGGAGUCGGCGGCAACGGAGUGGGCAGUGGUGGUGGUGGCAACAACGGACCCAUCAGCCUGGGAAGCGGCGCUGGCGCUGCUCACCACCUGGGCGGAUCCACCGGCAGCCUGAAGCAGGAGUGCGACUCGCUGAUGCACCCCGGUGGCAGCAGCUCCUCCUCCGGAAUGGGCUACGUGCCGCCCAUCUACCGGCCCAUCUCCUACGAGCCGCUGCGCAAGCGGCCGCUCCGCAGCCCGUAUCCCGAGCAGGAGCAGCGCGGCUCGGUGCUGCGCGACGGCUCCAAGUCCUCCGAAUGCCCCAGCCCCAUCAACAAGCCGCCGUACCAUCGCCCCUCCUCCAGCGCCUCCUCCACGGCGCCCACCGAGGCGGACACCAUGCACUCCGAACGCGCUUCGCCGCAGUCCAGUCGCUACGAGAACCACAGUCCCAGCACCACGGCGGGAAAUGGGAAUGCCACCAGUGGCCUGGAUCGCAUAGUGAAAUCGGAGCGCAACAAUGGCAGUGCCAACGAGGCUAAUGACGACGACCGCGAGCUAAUGGACGAGUCCACAGAUAACGGAGCCGAGGAUCUGCGCGUGAAGCUGGAGAACUUGAAGUACUCCCCGCCACCGCCGCCGAACUCGAACACCUCGUCGACCACGCCCAACGCCCUGCUGGAGAACCUGAAGGCGGACGGAACGCUGUCCAGCAAUCUGGCCGCCUCGAUAGCGCCGGCGGACAUGCUGAACGUGUGGAACGCCACCAAGAUGAACAACAAGAACAGCGUGAACACGGCGGACGGCAAGAAGCUGAAGUGUCUGUACUGCGACCGCUUGUACGGCUACGAGACGAAUCUGCGGGCGCACAUCCGGCAGCGCCACCAGGGCAUCCGGGUGCCAUGUCCCUUCUGCGAGCGCACCUUCACGCGGAACAACACGGUGCGGCGUCACAUUGCCCGGGAGCACAAGCAGGAGAUCGGAUUGGCGGCGGGCGCCACCAUUGCACCCGCCCAUCUGACGGCGGCAGCGACGGCGGCGGCGUCCGCCAAUCACUCACCAUAGGAAGCGGCCGCAACAGCAGCGGCAUCAGUAGUCAUGAACGCCCACAAGGAGGCGGCGAAGCAGCGCAAACGUAAAUCACUCAAGAUGGCACUGGAGAAGUGCAUGCAGCGACGGGAUGCAUUGGUGGCGGAGACCACAACGGGCGGGGUAGGAGGAGCAGGGGCAGAACAGGGAGCGGAUGAGGGAGCGGAUGGAGCGGAGGAGGGAGGAGGAGCUGGCUCAGCGGGCACUGAGCCUAUGACCUACGAGCAGCAGCAGCAGCGGAUGCACCAGGAGCUGACGCUGCAGAUCAGGGCGGCCAUGGCCGCGGAGCAGGCGGCCGAGGCCAUGGACUCGACGAUGAACACCACGGCCAACACCACCACGAAUACCACCACCACGACCACGACGACCACCAACACCACUGGGACCACCAGCGAUGGAUGCAGUGAUGCAGAGGCCAGCGAUGGCAGUGAUCGACCCAUGGAGGUGGACGAGGACCAGGCGCCGGAACCGCAGCCCGGAUCCGAACUCGUGGUGGUGGAGCCCAAGAUCGAGGUGCUAUCGGAGUCCGAGGACGACGAGGAGGAUCGCCUGCACAUGUCCGAACCGGAUGCGGAGGCCAUGUACGAUCAUAUGCCCCACACGCCCACCAGCCCCCAAGCCACAAUACCGCCCAACGACACGCCCACUCUGACCUCCACGCCCAAGGUCAAUGUGGAGCAGUAGGAGGAGGAGAAGGAGAAGGAGAGGAGAGAAGCCCCCAUUAGAUGCCCCCCAAAGAAGCUGCUUAGAUUUAGGCUAAGAAUCGAUGAAGAGAAAGACGAAGAGUGAUUUACAAAAAUGAUUUACGCGCGCAAAGAAGAUGAAGUAAUGACUACUGUUGCAACUGCUGUUGCCCUCGGAGACCAUCUACCAAUCUAAAGAAAAGGGAGUCCCUCAACUGGACCCAUUGAUUACUAUAUAAAACUAAAACAAAGAAUUACUAAUACGAUAAGAUUUAAAACAAUACACAACAAAACACCCACACACAACAAACAGACGAGACAGACGAACACACACGAACGGAAGGCAGUAUUUGAUGCCCAACUUUUUGCAGAAUUUAAAUUAGAAAUUUGUGUUUAAAGCCACACCACCAUCACCACUAUCAACAAUCAUACAAAGUUAAUGCAGACAAACACUAGGAAAAGCAACAAUCCAAAUGGCAGUUAAAACAGAGUAAACACAGAAAACAGAACAUAAUCAAACAGCAAACAGAACAUUGAAAUAAAUGCAAUCCGGCUGAAAAAUCGUUUUCAGGGUGCUAAUCAAACAACAACACUCGCAACAAUGCAAUGAAAAACAAAUUAAAACUAUAACUAAACGAAAUAGUAAAUGCAAAAAGUUUGAACGUUUUUGAUUGGUACCGCCUAAAAAGUGUAACAAAAAAAACAAACGUCGAGAAUUUGUUUAUUCGUGUGUGUUGAAAGGGAGGAGAACGAUGAUUAGAUAUUAUUGUCGCAUAUAUUUUUGAUUUCCUAUAGAAACGUCAUAGAAACUGCAAGUUGCCUCAAAUCAAAGCGAAACGAUAAUGCUAACAAAAACAUAAAAAAAAACAAACUGAAUUUAACAAAACGUGAAAAACUAAGAGUAAACACUGCAAAACAAAUAGCUGCAACAAACAAACUACAAAGCAACAAUAGCAACAACAAAACCGCAACCACAAGUACCUGCAAUAAUAAAAUAGUAUAAACAAAAGAAACAAAUUACAGAAUAGAAGAGAAACGCUGAGUAAAAACCUAGGGACGAUGAGGAGCCGGGUGUCCAGAAUCCUUGACAAAUCCCCCAGUUUGGCCAGUGGGUCCUCACUUCCCCGAACGACUGCCCAUUUGUCCGGUUUUUUGUAAAUAAUUUUAUUAAAUUAAUAAUACGAAAAGGCAAAUCGGGCCGGGAGUAGGACGAAGUGAUGGGCCGCUUUGCCACGGGACCAAGGAUUCCAGAAGGACGGACAAAAGAUUUGCUUUAAACAAGUAACAAUUUUGUUUUCCAAUUUUUCGUAUUUUUUGUAUGAUUUAUUCCUUCAAGUUUAGGCCUCAAAAUUUCAUUCAACUGCUUUUCGGCUAACCAAAUCUAAAACAAAACAAAAUACAAAUUCAAUUCCGAAUUCAGAAGUUUCUAAAGAAGUAAAAAAACAAUUGGUAAAUUGGGUGCCUAUAAGAAAUAUAUAAUUAAAUGACUACUAGUAAAAUUUUAUAAACAAAGAAAAAGUAUAUUUAACGACGAGAGAGAGAAAAGCAAAUAGCAAAGAAAACGUAAAGUAAAUAUAAUUAUUUUUUAAUUGAAUAAUUCUAGCCAAGUGUGAAACAUGUUAAUUAACAAGCGAAAAUAUUAAGCAAAAACCACUCAAAAACGUUCUCAAAAACUUGACGGCAACAACAACAACAACAACAAGCAAAUCGCAAUAAUUACAGCAAGAAAACGAAAUUCAAAAUCAAACUUUUGGCACACCUUUGGAAAACAUUUUUCGUACAAAAGAAAAUUCACCAAAAAAUCCAACCAACAAAAAUUCAAAAUUCAUUUUUUCGGCACUUAUAAUUUCGAUGGCUACAUCAGACCCCAGAAUAAGCUGUAAAAUACUAAAACAGAAGAGAAAACAUUUGUUGUAAGCGAAAGAGAAAACUAGAAUGGAAAUCUAAGGAAAAUGCAAUUGAAAAUAUUGAGAAAAUCGACCAAGGCGACCAAAGACCUUGGCUUGUAAAUACAUUUAUUAUUACUGCAUAUAUAUCCAUAGCAUAUAUAUGUGUGGCCUCAGUUGUAUAAUGAUAAAGCCUAGAUCUAAUAUAUAUAUAUAUAUACUGUAAACAUAAACUACUAAGCGCAUAUGUAGGAACACAUUAGGCUCGCCAACAGAGAGGAAAAAAGAGAAGGGUUUUAUUUGAUUAUAAGCUAACUGAAUUUCAAUUGUGAAACUGUCUUAAUUUGUACGUUUUCCGUUAGCGAGGCAAUACAAGGGGUGAUCCACAAUCCAUAGAACCGUAAAAUAGCCAAAAUGUUGAAUAUUAAACUACUUUUAUUAACUGUUGAAUCACAAAACACACAACACACGAAACAUUAGACAUGAGACAUGCAACAGGAAACAGAAAGCCGAGUUAAAAUAGGUCUUAACCCAUUGAAGAUGCAGACUACCAAUGUCACCCCGACCCCCAGUUUGUUCUGUGAUAUCGUUUUGAAGUUGCAAACGAAUAAAGCGUUUACUUUCGUUUAGUUCUUUUUCGUUUUAUGAAUAAUUUGUCCUAAUCAAGAAACGACAACUCGAAUUUUAUUUAGCAUUCGUGUUGAGCAGGAGAACAAGAAGAACAGAAAGCAGCAGCAAGGCAACCGCAAAAAGCAAUAGCAAUAUUAAACCAUUAAAGUCUGGCAAUAUUAAAACCAAACUACCUCUUCACACCCAUGCAGAUUAACCCCUGGCUGCCCGAGUCCCCUUUUGGCCCCCGUCCCCAUCAACGUUCGCUGGAGUCUGAAUUACAUUUUAUUUUUAAGUACGUUGAUGGGGCACCAAAUCGCGGACUUGGCCCAGGGACAAAGCCAUCAGUCAGUAAUUCAAUCCGUCAGUCAGUGAAUCAAUCAAACAAUAUACUGUUUAGUAAUCAGGGGUUAUAACGAUUAACCGUAUUUUUUAAUUGAUACAUUUACGUACCUUUAGUUUAUGUUACCUUAGUUCUUAGUUUCGACCUUCGUUUCGAGCUUCGUCUUACAAUUAUUAGAGUCUAAUCAAACUCAGGAACUCAUAUACCUCAGGAAAGAACCUACCUCUUUGUGUUUUUACACUUGUUUGAACUAUUUUUAUUAUUAUUAUUAUUACGAUUAUAAUUUUUGGUUUGCAUGGGACAAACAAACAAAAAGGACGAGAGAAGGAACACACAAAACACAUUUUGUUGUAAUCGAAGAGAUGCUAUCAAGGAAAGCUUUAGUUCUUAGUUCGAUUAUCGGUUAGUUAGUGGCUAGCAAAUAUGUUUAGUGAGGACUUACGUUAAAUGCAAAAGACACAAUCACACAUGAACACACAAUAGCAAUAAUGAAUGGGAAACCAAGACCAGAUCGAACUGCAAUAGUAAACUGAACUACCUCAAUUAGCCAUAGACUGCGCAGUAACGAGAUGAGCAUGAUGAUAUAACAUACAUAUUUUCCACUUACCCAAUUCAUUUUCUUCUUUUUGUAAAAUGGUGACACACACACAGAAGCACUCAUACCCAGCUUUUGCAAUUUGAGCCAGGAUGAUUCGGUUGAAAACCCCUUACAGAUUUUCUUUAUAGACGUUUUCAUGUAAAUAUGCGCUGACACCAGAGCCCACGAAAUUCAGAUAAAAAACAAAAACAUUUAAUGUAAAACUACAAGAAUAUACUUUUGGCUAAACUCUAAUUAUACGAAAAUACCCAAAACUUUUACUAUGUAUGUGUAGAGAGCAGAUGUAGGCGAUAUAUGACCAGGAUUAAGAUCAUUUGUAUACAUCAAUUUCGGCAAAGCAACUAAAUGAGGCAAACCAAACGAAAAAAAAAAAACACGAGAAAACAAACGUAACUCUUUAUAAUCUAACUAUAAACAAAAUACAAAGAAAUUAUUUAAGGCUACAAAAUUUACUCCAAAAAGGAAUGAAAAAUCCACAAAAAAAUUAAAGAAACCAUCCCAGUUAAUGGUAUACUUUUGCUUGAGCCAAGUCCAAUGGCCAAAUACAAGUUAUGAGCAAAGAAAAAAUUUAAAUUAAAUUAAAUUCAAAGCAAACCCAAAACGGUUAUAAAAUUAAAAAAAAAAUGAGAUGGAAAACAUUUUGCUAAACGAAGAGGAAAAUUUUCUAAAAGAAACUUGCGUAAAUAAGCAAAACUUUACAAAACAAACAUUUUAGGCUUAAACUUUUGGCUAAAGAAAAAAUUAAAAUUAUAACAAAUAUUAGGCACGAGCACAACUCUAUGCAAGUGCAUCAAGUAUACAUAAAUAUUUAUUUAAAAAAAGAAAACGCAAAAUACUUUUAUCUGUAACCAGAUUUUAGGCCCAACUUUUCGACAAGCGGCGUAAAAUAAUUUCUUUGUAAAAUAUGUUUGCAAACAAAACAAAUCGAAAGAAAAAUCCCAGAGAGCGUAAUUAACUUAAUCUAAACGUAAAAAACACAAAUGUCGCCAUUUUGCAUUUAGAGCGUACAGUACAGUAAAGCACACAAAACGUCGACUAAAGAAAAGUCACGAAAUCAAACAAUUAAUGUACAUAAAAUAAAUUAAACAAAAAGAAUUGUGUAUUGUAUAUUCGUAAUUUUUCAGUAAUUUUUAGUUACCUUUACCCUUGAGUUGUAUAAAUUAAUUAUUAAGAGAAAUCCAUAAAACAAAAUUGAAGCUGUAACAAGAAUACAAAUAUAAUAACUAUAACGAUAUAAAUAAUAGUGUGCACAGGUACAAAACAAAAUUUAAGUUCAAUUUAAUGUGAAAUUUAGUGCACUGAACAUUUUGUAAGAGCUCGAUGUAAUUUUUGUUAUAUAUUUUUGUUAGUAAUUGUUUUUCUAUUAAUAUUUAGCGUGAAAUGUCAAGAAGCAAAAUAACACGAAAAUCCCCCUCAACAAGCCAAUUGUACUUACGACUACUUUUCACUUUUGAUAUAAUUUUGCGACAAUAGAACCAAUAUUCCCCUCUUUCCCCCAACCA